CAAUUAAUAAACAUUUUAGUACAUUAACCAUUAAGGUGUUUGUUUUUCACCAGACUUCAUGGAUACCAAUAUAUUGAUAAGUGGUAAACGCCGCAAGGCACGCGGUACAGUCGCUCGCAGGGGAAAGAAACAUUGCGCAACAGAUAAGAGAAAACAAAAAGAGCCUAAAUUGAAGAACGAUAAAAAAGUACCGGAUGAUUCGGACAAUGAUUCCAUAUCGGCUGCUAGCGAAAGCGAUGGCAUUGUUGAAGGAAGCGACGCAUCUGAUAUCUCCGAUUACUCAUCGGAUUCCAAUAUCUCAGAUUAUGAUAUAGACGAUAUUAGCGAUGACGAUGACGACGAGGACACUGAUGAUUUGGAGUUCAAUGAUGAGGAAAUGUCUGAUUAUGAUAUCGAGGAUGAAGUAGAAGAUAAAUGCAAGGUGAUAUCUGCUGAAAUGGCAGAUACCAUACUAGAGAACAGCAAACAAAUGAACGAAUCGGACAUAAAGAGGCUAGUGAAAGUGUACUGUUCAAUAAUUCGCCGUGAAGCGCUUAAACAUGCUCCUGAGGAAGGACCUAAAGAAAAAACUGCUGAUAAGAAGAAAAAGGAUGAUGCACAACGACACAAUCGCAAAUCAUUUAGUAGCCGCAGUAUGUUUAGUAACCUUCACAAAAUGGUUAACAAAUAUCAUGCGGAAAACCAUGAUGUUUACAGCUAUAUUAUCAUGCAGUCCCAGGACUUAAUGGCGCAGUAUCUAGCAAGUCAUGAACUGUCAUUUAAAAACAAAGAAAUAGCUGAUGUAGCCCUGCUGUUCAGGCAGUUUCUUUCGGCUAGCCUUCUUCAACUCGGUAUCAGUGAUAACGACGUUGAUAUUACAAAAUCAAUUCUCGGCAUGAUAUGCAAUCAUAAGAUCAUGCCAUGGAUAGCAUGUCUCAAAUAUCUUCAAAAGGCGUUGGUAAAGGUCACAUCAUCAUUAUUGACCUACCACAAAGAGAGUGUGAUACGUGUGCUAUCUUUACAGGUACUAAUACGUUACUUGGAAUCUGUAAAGGAAUCCAAUUUCCACAAAAUCCAAAUAUAUCAUAGUGCUGGUGCUAUAUUGAAAGUCGAACGCCUAUCAUCGCAGGAGGCCAAAAAGUUCUGCAGCGAUAGCUUGCAUUUCCUUAUGACCCGUUGUUACAGAACAUUAGUUUCAGCUGGCUGCGUGGAGAGGAACCUGAAGAACUUUACGUUAUUCAAAAUGAGCCAAAACUGUGUGGCAGAGCUGUUUAGCCAUGCCCCGGAAGCAGCCAUUUACAUAUUUGCUUUUAAGAGCAUACGUGACCUUGCUAUAAACGUACGUAGAGAGUGGAUGGCACUAAACGAUCGCAAAAAAAGGGAUAAGAAAACACCUAAAAAAAGUGAAAGCCAUGGUAUGGUGUUACCCGUUUAUUCCUGGGGGUUUGUUGAUGCUAUAAACCUGUGGGUAUCGACCUUGGCACGAUGCAAGAAACAUUUGAUACCGUUGUCAUAUCCCCUGGUGACGGUAAUAUUGGGUGCAAUUAAGAUUAGGCUGCCUCAUAUCGCCUACAUGCCGUAUAUACUGCAUAUGAUAACCGCUUUGAACCAACUCUCUGACGGUAUCCAGAGGUUUAUACCGCUAUGCUCUAUUUUGUUCAAUUUAUUGGAGCAGCUAAAGAACCACGAUGUGGCUAAACUAAAACGUCGUGAAGCUAGGGAAUCUAAAAAAAUGCUUGAUAAUGCCAAUGAUUUGAUGGUAAUGCUGAAGUUUAGUAAGAAGCAACUCCACGCGAGUGAUACCUAUAAAGUACUUUACCGCCAUGUUGGCCUAGUGCUUACGGACCACAUUGGUUUAUUAUCAUUACAUCCCAGUUUCCCUGAGUUCACGAUACCGGUGGUAGCUUUCCUACAGAAAUACGUCAAGAGUAAUAGGGUCGACCAUGCAUUCCGAAGUCAGUGUUCUAAGCUAGUUUCUAUGAUUGAUCAAUCCGCUACUGUAAUUCGUGAAAAGCGGGAGAAGAUCGAUCUGGAAAAACGUCAGUCUAUGAAUCUAAAGGUGUUUGAAUCGGAAUCGAAGCAGAUACCGAUAUACUGCUACAGGAUGGAGCAGUUGCUGAGGUACCAGCAGAUUAACAAGGAGAAGGUAGAAGGCACACUGUUGGCAGCAAAGUUGUAAUCCUAGAACAUGAGGUAACAUUGGCUGGA